AUGAAAGACGCCAUAGUUAUUUUAGGUGGUGCUUUCAAUCCAGUACAUACACAACAUAUAGAUUUGCUUUGUCAUACUAAACAAGAACUUGAACGUAAUGGUCAAUGGAAUAUUAUAGGUGGUUAUUUAGCUGUUGCAUCUGAUGGUUAUGUUUGUCAUAAAUUAUGUUCACGAAAUGAACGUACAAUUAAACUAAAACAUCGUUUAGCACUUAUUCAUGAAGCAAUUAAAGAUAUACCAUGGUUAAUAAAUAGUCCCUAUCAAGAAGAAAUGUUAAAACAACAUGAUGGUUCUGCAUUUGCACUUGGUCAACGUUUAAAACGUCUAUUAAAAAACGAUAAUAUUCAAAUUUUAAUUCUUGUUGGUGGUGAUCGAAUGAUAAAAAAUGGUAUUCCAAUUUGGCGAAAAUCAUCGAAUAAAAUACCUAUUAUUCGUAUUGGUAUUGAACGAACAAUGAAUAAUAAUAAUAAUAAUAGUAAUAACUUAUUUCAAUUUUGGCAAGAUGAUUUGAAUAAAAAUCUUAUUCCAAAUCCCAACGAAUUUAUUCUACUAAAUCUACCUAUUCGAUCUGUUAGUUCAUCACUUAUUCGUACAUAUCUUGAUCAAUGGUUUAAUACAAAAGAAGAUUCAAAAAAACAAUUCGAAAUAGAGAAUGAUUUAAUCAAUAUAAAUUCGUUUCUUCAUUCAUCUGUUAUGAAUUAUAUAAAAAAAUAUCAAGAUGAUUUAUACAUUAAUAUUUGA